AUGGCCGAUUUAUUGAAUCUGAGACCACAUAAGAAAGAAGCGAUAACGAUAUCCGCUUUCGGUGAAUCCAACAAGAAGGUUAGAAAUUUACAAAUUGCUACUAUCUAUAUAAAAGGUCUAACGAAUACGCUUAUCCCUAUUGAAGUUCUUAUAGUACCACAGAUUGCUCAUACGAUACAUACUUACGCAAGGAACCAGUGGAGUUUUACGCAUUUAAAUGGAUUGAAGUUAGCCCACCCAGCUUUACAGGACGAGGAUUUUGAGAUAUCAGUCUUAGUUGGCGCCGAUUAUUAUUGGGAUAUAGUUGGAGACAGAGUAAUUAGAGGUUCCGGACCAACCGCUGUACAGUCCAAAGUUGGAUACUUGCUAUCAGGACCUAUACAAUUGAACACUAACAGUUAUAAUCAAUCAACGUCAUCGAUUAUGAAUAUGUUGACCCCACACAGACUAGAAAAAUGUGAAAUACAUAAAUUUUGGGAAAUCGAAUCCAUAGGAACAGAAAAGGACAGUGAAGUGAAAGCGAAAAUGGACUUACAAGAAAUGACCACUUACCAAGAUAAUAACAUUAAUUUGAAAGAAAAUAGGUACAUCGCCAAGUUCCCAUGGAAACAGGAACAUCCGCAGUUGCCUAGCAACGAGAUGAUCGCCAGAAAGAGAACAUACAACGUGAUAACCCGACUUGCUAAAGAACCAGAGAUGCUUAAGAUAUACGGUAACAUUAUUAACGACCAAGAAAAUCGAAGUUUUAUAGAGAAGGUUGAGAACCCGGAUGAGACUACUAAUCGAGUGCAUUAUAUUCCGCACCACCCAGUGAAAAAAGAUUCAUCGACUACACCGAUACCUAUAGUAUAUGAUUGCAGUUGUCGCAAAGAUUCAGAAUCACCCAGCUUAAAUGAUUGCCUUUCUUCUGCACCGCCGCAGCUUUAUAAGUUAACAGAUAUUGUUACAAGAUUACGCGACGGAAAAUACGCCUUAACAACUGAUAUUGAGAAAGCAUUCCUCCAGAUUGGACAAGACGAAGAAGACCGCGAUUCCACCCGAUUUUUCUGGCUUAGAGGUCAUAGCAACCCCAAGAGUGAACUUGAGACAUACAGAUUCAAGGUAAUUUUAUUCGGAGCGACAUGUUCGCCAUUUAUUCUUAACGCUACAUUAUUGAAACAUUUAUCAACGGUUAAAAAUGCUACUGUUGAAAUACACAAGCGUGAUUUGUAUGUAGACAACGUACUUACAAGUGUUUAUACGGAAGAAGCUGCAUUAAAUUUCUUUGAAAAAUCUAGAGAACUCAUGACAAAUGCAGGAUUUAAUUUGAGAACAUGGAAGUCAAAUAGCAAUCAACUUAGCAACGAAGCUACUAAGGCAAACGUACUUGAUAAGGAUAGCCAGACGAAAAUUCUUGGAAUGCGUUGGGAUGCGAUGUCAGACAUAUUGACAUUUGCGCAACAAAAAGAUCAUAUAGAUAUUGACAACACACAAGCGACAAAGAGAGAAGUUUUGCGGAAAUCAUCGUCAAUUUACGACCCACUCGGAAUGCUUGGACCAGUGACCGUAAGAGCUAAGCUACUGAUACACACAUUAUGGAAAGAAGGAUACGAUUGGGACCAGGUGUUACCUUGCAACAUAGUUAAAUCAUGGUGUGAAAUUUUAGAUGACAUCCGAGAUGUAACUGUUAAUACGAAAAUAGCACGAUAUUAUUUCAACGAUCAAAAUGAAAACGAAAGCAACGAGAAAAUCACAUUACAUGUCUUUGUUGAUGCCAGCCAACGCGCUUAUGGAGCCAGUGCCUACUUAUGUAAAGGAAACACUUCUUCUCUUAGGGGAAUUAUCUUAGGUGACUUAGAUGAAACUGAAGAUUACGAAACAAGAGUCUCUGAAAUCACAAGAGAAAACACAACAAAGAUUGCCAUGAUGAGCGAAAGGGCCACCACCAGUGUCACAACAAGCGAACGAACAACAAACCAUGGCACAACAAUAAAAAAAGUAACAAGCCAAAAACCAACAAGCAACGGACUUGACUGUAACGAUGUUUCUGUUGGAAGUUCUAGUGGUGUUUAUACAAUAUAUGUUGAACAUCAACCUCUCGCUGUAUACUGCGACAUGACAGGUUCUGGUCAAUGGACGGAGACAGUCUUACUGCACAAGAUUUACGGGUACCCACCAAAUGGAUAUGGGUUCUCAAAAUUGGAUAGGGAUAAUGAUGGAACAUCCUUUGUAAAUUGUGGAGAACUAGAACAUGCUGGCUGGUGGUUCAAUUGGUGUACUAAGGGCAAUCUAAAUGGGAAGUAUUACAAUGGUGGAAUGAUUGGGAAAGACGGGAUAUACUGGGAAGCUUGGAAACUCACACAAUAUUCUCUAAAGAAUGUAUCGAUGAAAAUAAAACAAGUUUAA